AUGUCCGGCAAUCCAUACCAGCAGAACCCCUACCAAUCGGGGCCAUCGCAAGAGUACGGGUAUGGGAAUCAGCAACAAAAUCCCUACGCCCAGGACCAGCAGCAGUACGGACAGUAUGAGAUGCAGGACCUCGGAAACAAUGGUUAUGCCGAGCCCACAACCCUAUCCCAGUCGGAAUUCCUGAACCGAGUCCAGAAGCUUCGCACCGACAUUAAGGGCCUCACCGGCGACAUCGACUUGAUUGCGCAACUCCACCAGCGCACUCUCAGUGGAACCGAUGGGCAGGUCAGGGAUCAGCUCGAGCAGGUCGUUACCCAGACCCAGAUUCGCAACACGGCGAUCAAGGACGGCAUCAAGGGCCUUGAGCGAGACCUUUCCAAGACGACCGACAGCUCCCGCAACACCAAGAACACCCAGCUCCAGUCGCUCAAGACAUUCUUCAAGUCCGAGCUUGACAAGUAUCAAAGCAUUGAGCGCGACUAUCAAAAUAAGUUCCGCGAACAAAUCGCUCGCCAGUACCGCAUCGUAAACCCAGAUGCCACCGAUGAGGAGGUUCAGCAGGCCACCGAGGCCGAUUGGGGCAAUGAGGGUGUCUUCCAGACAGCGCUUCGCACAAACCGAACUGGCCAUGCUAGCUCUAUUCUUGGCAACGUUCGCGCCCGCCACAAUGAGUUGCAGCGCAUCGAGCAGACCUUGGUGGACCUCUCUGCUCUGUACGCCGACCUCGCCAGCAUGGUUGAGCAACAGGAUGAGGUAGUCGCUGUUGCCGAGCACAACGCCCAGGAUACCGUCGUCAACAUGGAGAAAGGAAACGAACAGGUGGAAGUAGGCAUCAAGCAUGCUCGCAACACCCGCAAGCUCAAGUGGUGGUGCCUGGGUAUCACCGUGCUCAUCAUCAUCAUCGUCGUCGUCGCCGUCGUGGCCUGGUACUUCACUGUCGGCCCCGGCGCGAACAAGAACAAGUAA